AUGGGCACCGAUGAGUGGACCCGCCAGCGUAAGGACAACCAUAAAGAAGUCGAGCGUCGACGCCGAGGAAAUAUCAACGAGGGCAUUAACGAACUUGGUCGUAUAGUACCAAACAGUUCUGGUGAGAAGGCAAAAGGCGCAAUUCUUCAGCGUGCUGUGCAGUAUAUCCACCAUCUGAAAGAAAACGAGGCACGCAACAUUGAGAAAUGGACACUAGAGAAGUUGCUCAUGGAUCAAGCAAUGGGUGACUUGCAAGCGCAGUUGGAGGACAUGAGGAGGCUAUGGGAGGAGGAACGCAUCGCACGACAAAGAGCAGAGAACGAACUUGAUGUUCUGAGGGGUGUGUCGGGCCAGGCCCCAACCAUUCCAUAUAAAUCUCGUUCACGUUCAGUUGAGCGAGGACAGGAUGCGCCGUCUAACAGAGGUCCGUUUGGUGAGAGUGAGGUACGAACAGAGCUUGGGAAUCGACCAGAGGAAGGUGGUGGUGAUGACUCGGAAAGCAGGCCCGGGAAACGUGCGAGAGUUGAUUGA